UCCCGGCGACACAGGAUUCCUCUUGUUCCUUUUCCCUUUUUUUUUUUUUUCCCCACCUCUCUUCAUCACUCUAAACGGGUCGAUUUAAUUGUUAUUAUUUCGUAGUUAUUUUGCUACCUGACUUUUACAUCUUGCUUCUUUUUUUCUUUUUUAUUUGAAAGCUCUGCUAAGACUUUUUUUUUUUUUUUUUUUUUUUUAAAGCCUUAAAGGAAAAAAUAAAGGCAAGGAAGGGAAAGAAGCCAGCAAGAGACUGAAAAGAGCAAGAGAAAGUGGCAGCUGAGAAGGACUGUGAAAUCACCUCCCCUUUCUCAGGCUGUCGAUCAGAGCGAGAGUUGUACAUUAUUAUUAUUGUUUUUCUUUCUACGUCUAUCUGUCCACAUACACAGGCAGAGAAAGAGACAAGUACUGACAGUGAAACUCGACGAGACCAGCCAUGGUAGCAAGGGCUCAGCCUGAUCGGAAACAAUUACCGCUGGUCCUACUGAGAUUGCUUUGCCUUCUCCCUACAGGGCUGCCAGUCCGCAGCGUGGAUUUUACCCGAGGUACCGAUAACAUCACCGUGAGGCAAGGGGACACAGCCAUCCUCAGGUGUUAUGUAGAAGACAGAAGCUCCAAGGUGGCCUGGUUAAACCGUUCCGGCAUCAUUUUUGCUGGAGAGGACAAGUGGUCCCUGGACCCUCGAGUAGAGCUGGAGAAGAGAAACCCCCUGGAAUACAGCCUGAGGAUCCAGAAAGUGGAUGUCUACGAUGAGGGGUCCUAUACGUGCUCAGUGCAGACACAGCAUCAUCCCAAGACUGCCCAGGUUUACUUGAUCGUGCAAGUUCCACCAAAGAUCUCCACGAUCUCCUCGGACAUCACCGUGAAUGAGGGCAGCAAUGUGACCCUGGUUUGCAUGGCAAAUGGGCGUCCUGAGCCUGUCAUCACCUGGAGGCACCUCACUCCUACAGGCAGAGAGUUCGAAGGUGAGGAGGAGUACCUGGAGAUCCUGGGGAUCACACGAGAGCAGUCGGGCAAGUACGAGUGCAAAGCUGCCAACGAAGUUGCCUCAGCAGACGUCAAGCAAGUCCGGGUCACUGUGAACUACCCUCCCACCAUCACAGAGUCCAAGAGCAACGAAGCGGCCACGGGACGACAAGCCUUACUGCGCUGCGAGGCAUCGGCAGUGCCCACGCCUGAUUUCGAGUGGUACAGAGAUGAUACCAGGAUAAACAGCGCCAAUGGUCUGGAGAUAAAGAGCACGGGGAGUCAGUCUCUGCUGAUGGUGGCCAAUGUCACUGAGGAACACUACGGGAACUACACCUGUGUGGCUGCCAACAAGCUGGGGGUCACAAAUGCCAGCCUAUACCUUUACAGACCCGGCACAGGGAGAGUAGACAACGGCUCCAUGAGUUUGGCCGUCCCACUGUGGCUUCUGGCAGCGUCCCUGCUCUGCCUACUCAGCAAAUGUUAAUACAAAUCAGAAUUAAAAUAAUAAUAUUAAUAAUAAUUAAAAAAACAACACGACAACAACAACAACAACACACAAAACAAAACGCGUUAUACAGGAGACAGAGCGAAGAGAGGGGAGAGAGAAAAAAGAGGGGGGGAGAGAGAGAGACGACUGUUUCUUUCACAACUUUUGUGUGUUCAGGAGUGAAGAGGGGGGAGAGGAAAAAUUACAGCAAAGAAGACUCAGCAACAUUUAAUCCAAAACCUGAAAAGCCGGCUGUCAAGUCAUCGACUGCCUAGGUGGCAACACGAAGCGAGGGAGAGAAUGGGGCACCAGCAAGGAUCGUGUCGCCGGAGGAUGCUGCAAUGUAAACAAUCCAACAAAACCUGCAAAGCCAAUCAAACAGAAGAUCCCUUUUCUUUUCUCUCCUCCUUCCUCUUUUCCAUACUCCCUCACUUUCCUUCCUUCCUCCUCUUU